AUGGACGAAUUUGCUCAAUCCAGAGGCGAUGACGAUUUGUUCGACGAUGAGAUUGUUCCCUUCGAUACCCCUCCUUCACCAGAGAAGGUCGCCGCACAAUUAGAACAUAUCUCGCUUCAAUCCUCCUCUUCGGAUGCUCCUGGUGAAGUGGACGCUGCUACAUCACGUGCACCUACCGCUCGACACGACUCGUCUGAGGCCUUGAGAGCGAGACCUCGAGGACGAGGAUCUAAUGCCAUCUCCAGAGCUGAUCCAGGCAAGAGGGUCGGCUUAUCAGAGUCGAAAUGGGCAGCACAUCCCGCGGCCUCUAGUAAACCCAAGUCCUCGGUGAAAGAAACUGCAUCUACUUCCACUCUCGAAACACAGCCAGCACACGUCGAGACACCGGCGACAUCCCAUCAGCCUGAAGACUCUACCGCAGACUCAACCCCUACCAUGAACACUUCAAUCAGUUCUGUGAACCCUAAUCCACGGCCUCCUGCCGUCCGCGGCGAUCGAACAGCUACUGGUGGUGUCCGAAAACCAAAAUUGACAGAGGAGGAACUCUCGGCAAAACUUGCAGAAGCAAAGGAGCGAUCUCAAAAUCGGGCGGCAGCUCAUGCAAGGGCGCAGGCUGACGCCGCGAAUUUUGAAGAGCGGGAACGAAUCGCUGAGCAGAAGCGUGCCAAGGAUCGUGUAGAGAGAAAAGUCAUGGACAACGAGCGAGAGAAGAAUCGACAAAGAAAAAUAGCAGUCAUGGGCGGACGCGAAUGGGAUGCGGGCAAGAACGAGGAGGAUUUCAGAGCAAAUGGCAGCGGUAGAGGAGGCCGCAGAGGAUACCAGCCGGGCCUGACGCCGCAGCAGUACUACGCGCAGGACGAAGAUGACUUGAAGCAGUACGAAUGGAACGAGGAUAGAGGGAGGGGCCGGGGCACUCGUGGAAGAGGCGGUCGUGGCGGAAGAGGAAGAGGCCGCGGAGGGAGAGGCGGGUUCGGAAACGAUGACAGAAACUCACCGCACUCCCAGCAGCAACCAGCCUGGUCGGCUGAUGCGGAUUUUCCCGCUCUUCCUGGCUCUGAAGGCACACAAAAGAAGCAAACAGGAAACGAAACGACUUCUGCAAGGCCAGGUCCGGCGAGAUGGGCUUCUGGUGACUUGGCAACUUCAGGAAACGGGGCCGGCGGCGGUAGCUGGGCCGAACAGGUUGAGGCAAGUGAGCUGUGA